AAUUCAAGGUUAUUUUUGAAGUUGCUUUCAAUGGUCCCAAAGGAGGGUAUGUUGCCCUGGAUGAUAUUUCUUUCUCUCCUGUUCACUGCCAAAAUCAGACAGCCCUUCCUUUCAGUGCCUUGGACGCAAGCUGCAAUUUUGAGGAAGAUCUCUGCAACUUUUACCAAGAUAAAGAAGGUCCGGGUUGGGCCAGAGUGAAAGUGAAACCAAACAUGUAUCGAGCUGGAGACCACACUACAGGCUUAGGGUAUUACUUGCUGGCCAACACGAAGUUUACAUCUCAACCUGGCUACAUUGGAAGGCUCUAUGGCCCUUCCCUACCAGGAAACUUGCAGUAUUGCCUACGUUUUUAUUAUGCCAUCUAUGGGUUUUUGAAAAUGAGUGACACCCUAGCGGUUUAUAUCUUUGAAGAGAACCAUGUGGUUCAAGAGAAGAUCUGGUCUUUGCUGGAGUCCCCAAGGGGUGUUUGGAUGCAAGCUGAAAUCAGCUUUAAGAAGCCUAUGCCUACCAAGGUGGUUUUCAUGAGCCUAUGCAAAAGUUUUUGGGACUGUGGGCUUGUAGCCCUGGAUGACAUUACAAUACAAUUGGGAAGCUGCUCAUCUCCAGAAAGACUUCUACCUGCACCUGGAGAGUGCACUUUCGAACAAGGUGAAUGUGCAUUUACUCAGGAGAAAAGGAACAGGAGCAGCUGGCACAGGAGAAGGGGAGAAACUCCCACCUCCUACACAGGACCAAAGGGAGAUCACACUACUGGGGUAGGCUACUACAUGUACAUCGAGGCCUCCCACAUGGUGUAUGGACAAAAAGCACACCUGUUGUCCGGGUCGCUGCGAGGCGUCCCCGGAAAACACUGCUUGACCUUCUUCUACCACAUGUAUGGGGCAGGAACUGGCCUGCUGAGUGUUUAUGUGAAAAAGGAAGAAAAUGGUGAAGAGUCGCUCUUAUGGAAGAGAAGAGGAGAACAGAGCAUCUCCUGGCUGCGGGCACUGAUCGAGUACAGCUGUGAGAGGCAGCACCAGAUAAUUUUUGAAGCCAUUCGGGGAGUGUCAAUAAGAAGUGAUAUUGCCAUUGAUGAUGUUAAAUUUCAGGCAGGACCCUGUGCAGACAUGGAAGAUACAACUCAAUCAUCAGGAUAUUCUGAGGACUUAAAUGAAAUUGAGUAUUAAGAAAUGAUCUGAAUUGGAUUAACUACACAAAGGCCAUACCUCUCUGAUCAACUGAAAACAAAACAAAUGAUUACUGGACAGUCUUAACCAUUUCGUAAGUUAUAAAAUAACUUCAGAGCACCCUUCUUUAUUACUUUUGCAAAAAAUACUGACUCAGGGCUUUUUUUUUUUUUUCUUUUUGCUAUGACAACUGUUACUAGAAGUACAGGCUGUUGGUUUUGCAAAGAUCAUUCAUUAAUUUUUAACCAGUUAAAAAACAAAUGUACUAUAUUGUAGUCAUUAUAAAGUACAAAAAUAAAGGGCACAAUCAAAAUGAGAUGUGCUCACUUAAAUCUGCAUUCAGUGAAUGUACUGGGAGGAGAAUAGGUCUUGUGGUUUCCUUUUGAAUUUCAAGUAUCAUAAAUAUUUUUAAAGUAAAUAAUGUGGGGUGUCAGUAAUAUCUGCAGAAUGAAUGCAGUUUUUCAUGGUAACAAAUUAGUCUGGGAAAAUGAAAGUCUUCUUUUCUAUGAUUUAUUCAUAGAAAUGAAGUAUUAAUUUUUAAUAUUUUUACCAUAUGUGAUAACAAAGAAUCUUUCAUGAAUGUCCCAGGGUAAGUCAGUAUUAAUUAAUGCUGUAUUUGAAGGCAAUGCGACCUUCUUUUUUCCCCCCUUUGAACUACCUUUGAAAAUCACUAUGAGCAAAAGAAUAGAAAUUGCACUCUUUUUUUGUAAAGCAAGCUUGGAAAUGUUUAUGUACACACACCAAACAAUUUUUAUAAGCUUGUCAAACAAUUUUAUUGAUUUUUAUAAUAAAUGUUUUCAUAAGGUUUUGAGUAAUAUGAAUUCAAGCAGAUAUACUAAACUACUGCUUUUUACUUACUUGUUCAGAAAAUUGUGUAUAUAUGUUUGUGUACCCAAAUAGCUGUUAUGAAAUCAUAAAAUUACCUAAUAAAAGAUAAUUUGAAAAUCUU